UGUACCGUCAUCGGCGAGAACACGGGUGCAAGCGUAUAGAUAUGUGUGCAGUGUCUACCAUAAAAUGAGGUGGGCCUUUGCCAAAUAACUGAAAAGUCAGGGCGCUUCUAAGUUCUUACUAACCUCCACCAUGGAUAAUUCCUGGCCAUUCGUAGAAUAUUUCUUUGUCUCUAUGUUUAUUACAACAGUAUUUCAAGUGGCUCCAUCUUCACCUGCGAAUGCGAUUGCAACCAACAGCACAGAAGGAUCAUUCGCGAAUGUCACCGAUGCAUCCUUUGACAUCUCUCCUCUAAGGGUACGCGAGUGUGAAGCUCGGCCGCACGGCAUCUGCUCAGCGCGUUCACUGAGGUCGUCCGACUGCAGAUUUCACUUGAGCGACAGCAAAGAUUAUCAGACGCACGUUACACUGCAUUGUGAGUGGACAAGCAUGAAGAAUAUUACUAAAGAUAUCUUUAAAAAGCAGACCGUAGCAAUCAGCACACGCAGUAAAAACCGUGCUGUAUCCGUGGAGAUCCUUAACGACACAGUUUUGGACCCGGAAGUCAUCGGCCCAAUCAGAGACCAGGUAGCCGUGCUUAAGAUCCAGGGAUCGCGGGAUAACAACAUUACGUCGCGCGUCGGGCUGCUACGAAUGACCCGCCUUCUACACAUUUUAUUGGAGAGAUGUCAACCUCUUAUCAUACGACAACCAGACUUUUCACCGAUGCAGAACCUCCGGAUGAUACUAUUCUACGCAACGGCCAUCCAAUCCGUACAGCCCGAAACGUUUGUCGAUCUGCCGCAGCUGCAAGUCUUCGGGGUGGCAAGUACGGAUUAUCUCAGCCUGGAUGAUGAUAAACUAACCCUGUUUGAGAACCUCAAUAAGUUCUACUGUGACCCGGGAAACGAGUGGUUGUGGAAGUGGUUAGCGACGUAUCCGCAACUGAGCGUCAACCGCAAGGCUGGGAGAUGUUGCACCACCAGGAGGCUAUUUCCACAAUGCCAGAUACGCAUGCUCUAA